AUGGAGAAAUUGGUGCCACUAACUGAAGAGUGCAGUGCCAUAUUGCAGAGAAAACUACCUCAAAAGUUGAAAGAUCCAGGGUCAUUCAGCAUACCUUGCUCCAUUGGAAAUUGUACAGUUGCAAAAACUUUGUGUGAUUUGGGAGCCAGCAUAAAUUUGAUGCCUUUAGCCAUUAUGAAGAAGCUGGGAAUUAAGGAGAUGAAGCCGACUGGGAUUACAUUACAAUUGGCUGACAGAUCAUAUACAUAUCCUUAUAGAGUAGUUGAAGAUCUUUUAGUCAAAGUGGACAAAUUUAUAUUCCCUGCAGACUUUGUUAUACUAGAUAUGGAGGUUGAUGCUGAUAUCCCUCUUAUUCUAGGAAGACCAUUCUUAGCAAUAGGGAGAGCCUUGAUAGAUGUGCAAAAAGGUGAAUUGAUGUUGAGAGUACAAGAAGAAAAAUCAUUUUUAACGUAUUUGAGGCCAUAA